AUGGAAGCCGCCGCCGCAAACAAUGCCUCGUUCAUCCCCUCUGCACGGGACCUCAUCCUCGUCAUCCCGAGGCUGGCGCAGAGGGCGAGCUCGUUUGCACUGUUCCACAUGCCCGAUGCCAUGGACAACAUCGCUGGCAAGAUCUUCAACGGUGGUAGCGUCAUCGCCGACGCGACUUCACAAUCGACCACGGCCGACUCCACGAUCACAAACGCGAGCUCUUUCGCUCAGAGCACGGCUGCAGCAUUGGAGGCAACGUUUAGAGAAGCUUGGACAGACGGAGAAGACCGAGGGUCAUCCAUAUUCAUGAGCAUAGUCCAGGUCAUUGGGAAAUUGAAGAAUUUUGGUGGCAUUUUCUCUUACUUGACCUCAAGGUGGGCGUUGACUACUUUCACCGCGGUGAGUGGGGCGUAUGCGGGAGGCUUUGGGUCGCUGCGCUGACAUAGUCGUGUUCAGGCCAUCCUGUUGAACCGGACGCAGUUCUAUGCUUCUUCUCGCGAGCAUCUCCGGCUACGAUGGCACAUGCGACUUGCCUUGUACGCGAUUCCGAUCGCUGCAUUUCUAACUCAAAUGGUCGUGAUUCUAGAGGCUAUGAGAUGCCAAACAUCCCCUGAUUUCCCUCAACUACGCUACGGCGAUCCUCUGAAACAUCUUGCGAUCGACUUCGCGGGCGAAGGUGGCUUCCUGUACAACCUUAGCUCCACGCUCCUGUUCUGGAAGGACGACGUGAGCUGUUGUCAAGCGCGGCAAAUGUCGCUACUUGGUCUGGAGGAUGACAAGAGCGCGCUACGUGGAUCCAUGUCAUUGCUCUACUGGUUCUUCAUCACUCUAUGCACGAGCCAGCUUUUCGAGACUCUCUGCUGCGCCCUUCAAGGCAAGCAGCCCAUGCCUGAGACUGGGAUGACCAUCUUCGAGCACUCCUUGGCCUUUGCAGAGUGCGAAGCCAUGAUCAGCAGUGCGCUCGGCUUUGGUUUCUUCGGCAUCAAAGGCGGCGACCCAGUCGGCUCUUCAGGAUCUGAUGGUACAGGAAGUCCACUCAUCAGCCGCUCCGAGAUUCUCCAGCGCCUCAACGUCCCUCCAGAGGUACUACUAGUCUGUUUGAUAUCCUGUUUCAGCCAUCUCAGCAGCGCCAGCCUAGCUGUGACAGGCAUAAGGCACAAAGUUCGACUUGUCAAUACGGGUAUAUGGGCUUGCUGCUAUAUGUCGGCCUUCAUUUGGAGCUUCGCCAAGAUAUUUACUAGCCCUCUUGACCACAUCGCAGACCUCGGUGUCCUGCGCUUUCCGACAGUCUGCAUUGUUGGAUUCAUCCCGCAUCUUCUGAUCCUCAUUGGAAUCAGCGUCUGUGCUGCUAUAUACGGCCUUGCUAUCUUCAUCACGGCGCUUUCAGUACCGCAGGACGCUGCUGAAGGCCUGAACUUCCGGCAACGGCUAUCUUGGGCAUACAACAACCUUCAAGCUAACGUACAAUUCUCCCAGAGCUCUUCAAUACGCAUCAAGAUGUCGGAAGACUUCUACACCACCUUACUAAAGAUUGGGUUCAAUGUCUUGACAGCUGCCAGCGAGGCGGUCUACCUCAACGAGGGCAGUCGUAUUCACGUUGCUCAGAUGACUUGGCUGGAGCAAAAGAGGAUUGAUGAACUAGCAGCGAGUGCUGACAAGCGAAAGGCUCCGGCUGUUCCAUUGGAGCUACUCGGAGAAGGUAUCGCUAGAGGCGUGGGCUUUGUCGACACUCAGAACGCAGCAAUCAGCCAGUCGCCGUACGCACGAGAGCGCAAAUCGCGACCGACGAAGUCUGAAGUCGACAAGCCAAAUGCCGUAGAGAUGGACAGCGGUCUUGGUAUGUCGCAGAGGAGAAGCCGCAUGCAGCUCACCUUUGACUUCAUUGCCGGCAUUUUUUGGCUGCUCAUAAGCUUACAAGCCCAACUGCUGCUCAAUUUGUUGCGCAGAGUGGGAGUUGAACAUCGACCGAGCUGGCUGCUCAAGGCUGCGUGUGUAGUUCAAGGUCAACGGCGGCCAUCUGCCCACAACCGACCCACCCAGUUUGACUUCCAAGAAUUCAACAUCGUUGAAUCAGACGGUAGUUUCCGCAUUCCACGGGAUAAUAAUUUCGACGUCGAAACAGAGACGAGGCGACGAAAACAGGCGCAAGGUACCUAUCGAGACGAGCAACAGAUCUCAGAUGCUGUGUACAGAUGGUGGCACACUGGCGGCAGAUUUGGGGAUCUCGACGAGAGUGGCGAUUACCAGUCAGAGGCAGGACAGGACGACGACCUAACGAGUGUGAUCUCGAUGUCCACAAAUGCGAGCACAACAGACGAUAUUGCAGAGAGUGGUAGGCGAACACCAACGCAAACAGAUCCUUUCGGUGAGCGGAGUAGAGAGUCCACGCCUGCAUCGUCUGAUGCCGGUCUGGAUUUCAGUUCUCUCUCCCGACUGCUCGAUCCACGAUCCAAGGCGGACCAAGAAGAAGCGAGAAUGCUUUCGUACAGUCUGCAGUCGUCGCGGCCCAUGACGCGCUCACAAUAUCGCCGGAAUCAGGAUCGAAGUCGCGCGGAGAUCCUCACUGGUCUCCGCGCCGGCAAUUCUGUACAGCAUGUAACGGAAGAGGACGAAGAGCGCGAGCUGGAAAAGUUUGUCCUUGCAAAACGACAACAGACCAAGACUCGUGCGCAGAAGUCCAACACCUGGGAAAGCGGCGCUGAAGGCAUGGGCGAAGGUGGACCUCAGUGUGUAGUCUGCCAAAGUUCACCGAGAACGAUCCUGGUGUGGCCGUGCGGAUGUCUGAGCAUGUGCGAUGACUGCAGGGUUGGACUGGCUGCCCGGAACUACACCAAGUGUAUCUGUUGUCGGACGGAUAUUGCAGCGUAUUCGAGGCUGUAUGUGCCUUAA